AGCAGCUUGAGCAAAAGCCGCCAUUUGCCUGCGAGAAGGCGUCCCACAAGGGACGCCGGCACUUUCUGGCUUGUUGACCUGGCACCAUCGAAUUCCCACGUCGCUCGCCGGAAGCUUUUUCUGCGUUGUUAGUCAUUCCAGAAUUUGUGUCGAGUAAGUCUCGCCAAGAUGAACAUCUCGGACUUGUUGUGUUCACCCGCCGCCCCGCGUGUCAAGAUGAACAUCUCGGACAUAUUGUGCUCGCCAGUCGAAACACAAGUCACACCUAUAUCGGUAACUCCGCAAACUGCAACGUGUGAGCCGCCCAAACGCCCUCGAGCUCAGUCCAAGAAGCGACAGAACAAGUUCGUGCCCGAUGACCAACGUAAACGUCCGUACCGAAUGAGUGUGACUCAGAAGAAAUGUCGUCAAGAGUUUCGAGAUCACGAGUCCAAGGUGUUCAACCUGACGCUUGACAUCAACGAUCUCAAGCAGCAAGUGCAGUAUCUACUCGAGUGUCGGGACCUGCAGGUCACGUGUCUGUUACAAACCCGUCAACGGCUGGAGGCUGCAGUCUUGGGGACGGUAGAUAGAAUCCUGUUCGGUGGGAGUGAUCGCCCCCGAUCGGGUGACGAAGGCUGCAGCUUCUCGAGGAUGUUCAUGGACCAGUCAGACGGAUCAACGCCCCCAAAUGGGGUCUACGAGUUCUGUCUGCAGCUCGACAAGCCCAAUUUCAAUCAUCGCUCGUGCUCUAUCGCGACGACGCAAGUGUUGUCGGUUGUAGAGGAAGAUCCCGAGGGUGACAACGAAGAUGCGGCGGAAGUUCGCAAGAUCUGCGGUGACCCCGGAGGCUGCUUGGUGGAGGCAGUUGGGGAGUUUACGGGUCGAUUCACACGCCAGAUCAUCGUCUCCAUGUUCCCUCACGUCCUCAGCGACGAAAUGAUGGUGGCACAGAUCAUUGGACUUAGCAUCACGUGCCCUGCACGGCUGCUGCUGUAUUUCAAUGCGCACAAGACGAUCGUGCGGCAAGUAGCCCAAGCUGACGUGUUUGCCGCGCUCGCGGCAUUGCAGCAGGCCAAGCCACAAGAAUUUGCUGCGAUCAUGGGCACUGCUGCUGCGUAAGAAGAAUGUGAACGACACGUUUGGUCCAAAAAUGGAACGGCGAGCAGGGAGCCUCAAAGUAGUUGAAAGUUUGAUCAGAGAGUACAAAAGUAAAAGCUUUUUGAGUGUUUGAGGUGUUUGUGUUGUACUCUCAACAUUGGGGAAAGGUU